AUGUUCUCCAAGACCUUACUGAGUAAGUUUUAGUUACAGUAUUAUAGUUUUAAUCAUAAUAUAAUCAUUUCCUUAUCACUCGAUUACUUUUUUUUUCGAAAAUUUAAUUAUUUUUAAUUAGAAAAUGCCAAUAUUUUUUGUUUUGCUAUUAAAUAGUUCAGUCUAAAGUGACUAGCCACUGCAUUUACCUUACUACAUCACCAAAACAACCAUAAUACUUUACAAAAACUGUUAUCACUUUUAUCACUAUAUUGUUUUAGUACUGAUACUGAUGCCACUGCUGGCGGAGAGCAUUCGCGGAGCCUUGUUCAGGUCAGGACGAUCCUCUAGCCUCCAGCAACGAACACGAGACACUCGAGCCAUCCGACCCGUCUUCGACCAGUUAUACGACAGCCAACCCCCCGUCUAUAUAUCGCCAAGCUACAACGCCUUCAGCAACGACCAGAUCAUCUCCAGAUUACGAUCACUGUUCAAUACCCAGUACUAA